AUGUCCAGCGGCUACUAUGUCCUUCCCGAAGAUUGGUUUGUUGAUGCUCGUUCUCCCAUAUUUUCCGUCUACGUCGGCACCACCUUUCAGAUUCUCAUCAUCAUCACUGUCAAGCUAAUGUCCCCGUUCCGAUAUGUCAGCAUUGUCACGUAUGUUCUUGCCGCAGGCAUUAUUGGCAUGGUUAUGGUCUUAACGUCAUACCGCAACUACCAUUUCAUGCGGCGCUAUGGUACACUCAUUGAACAGGCCCAUAUCUACGUUAAAACGACACCCAUUCCGCGCAUGAAGUGGUUUUACUGUCUCAACAUAUGUAUUGUGUUCCCCGCCUAUCUCUUCAAAAUAGUCAGCGUUGGGGUUUGGGAUUAUGGCUUCAAGCGCCCUGAUGCCUUUUGGGGCUCGUUAGAAAUCGCCGAUGCUGUGUUGUUGCUGUGGUAUGCUGUUGCCACAUUUCCGAGCAAGAAGUCCGCAUUAUACGUCGACUUGACCAACAACAGCAACGAACGAUUACAUCUGGCAGGGGCCUGGCAAACGAGCCAAGGGGAGCGCACAAACCCAGACACAGAUGGGAUGGCAGGUGCGACGACUGUGCGGCGGAGGGUUCUUACGGCUCCUACCACGUACCUCAAUACGAGACGACCAGUAGAUCGGGAGGAAGGCGCGAUCUCUGCUUCUAACAUAGAAGGGGUCAGGCCUAAUCCAGAACCACCAUGGGUGGAGUGGCUUUCAGGGCACACCCUCCCGCGGCCGAAUGCUGGGACGUGGGGUUUACAUUGGCCAGUAACACGGAUUUUGCGCAGAGAGAGAAAGCUUGUUCCUGUGUUGCCCUCCAACAUUGUUUUAGGUUCUCCUUCGGAAUCCCCAAACACCCUGAAAUUAUCCGUUGGGGUCCCAACCACGGGCCCGCGAUCUGUUCCAAAACGGUUUGACGAAAAAGGAGAUGAAAUCGCUGGCAGCUCUUUCCAGAAUCAUCAGCGAGGCGAUGCGCCCUCAUCGCUAUCGCUUAUCUCGAGAUUGGCUCGUGGGGUAUCAGGCAUCGAACAGGAUUCAGCGUCGGACUUAGCUGGUGUUUCUAGAGGAAUGUUGGGGCGUUUCGGACCCAACAAUCGCACACCACGAACAAAUUCUCAUACAGAAGCACAGACGCAAGGCAAUGAUGUCGGAAGUACGAUUCUAGAUAUGUCAGGCACGUACUCCGGAGGUCAGUCACAAAACGACUAUUCUCAAGGGUUACCAUCCGUCGCAUCCAGUAGUGGAUCGUGUGACGGGAUCUUGAUACGACAGGACGAGAAAACCAAGUCGCUACCUAAGGGUACUGCGUAUCCUUCUAGGGUAAGUAAGGGCCCAAGACAAUGCCAAGAAAUACUCCUCACUACCUGGUUAGGGAACCCGCGUGCGUAUGGUAUCUCAUGUCAGGCUUGCAUCUCGUUCUUGAACUUGUGCGAAUGA